AUGACCAUCGAAGAAAUUGAUAAUUUAUUUCUCAUAGCUCAAGAAACACAUCAUUUCAUUUUUAAUACAGAGUCUGAUUAUCGUACAAAUCAUCCGGCUCUGAUUCAAAUAUUUUUUAUGCUUGAUACACAACAAAUUUCUCCAUUAUUAAUUAUUGAAGCAAAUUUAUUACCCGAUUAUGCUUCAAUCGUAUUUAACAAAUUACAACAAUUAUUCAAUAUUAUUUUUCGUGAUGAUUCAUAUUUAUAUUGUUGGGGUUUAUUACUUGCUGAAUUAAAUUCGUUUUUACAAUUUCAACUUUUUUCUUUACCUUUACCUUCUUAUUUACACAACAGUCAAACUGUUUUUCAAAUUUGGUUUGAUGAAUGGUUACAAUGUUCAUCAUUAAUUAAUGAUGAUACUACAGAUACGAAUAAUGAUACAUUAAUCAUUACUGCACCUGUUAAUGAUUCAACAUUAUUUCUAUCACCUGAAAGAAUUAAUCAUAUUAAAUUAACAAAGAAUGAAGCUUGGGGCAUUCAAGAUUCGAUCGCAUAUAUAUUCAACCAAUACUUAUCCAAGAGAUAUACAUUGCAACGAUGA